AUCUGCAGUGCUGCUGGUCGCCGGCCUGGCCUGGACUGUGCUGGAGACUGCGGCUGCCUCUGAGUGGAGCUGUGCAAAGCCUGUGGAGAUUGAGCAUGGGUAUGUGGAGCACCUUGUCAAGUACCACUGCGACCCGUACUACGAACUGCGCGGCACUGGUGAUGGGACAUACAAGUGUGAUGAGAAUCACGCAUGGGUGAGCCUUGGAGCUGGCAAGGAGGCGCCUGUCUGUGAGCCAGGCCGCGUCGCCUGGCCGGGCCGGCUGGUGACGCGCCACAACCUCACGGUGGGGGCCACGCUCAUCAGUGAGCAGUGGCUGCUGACCACGGGCAGGAAUGUGUACCUGAACCACAGUGACAACGCCAAGCCAGAGGAGAUCGCCCCUACGCUGCAGCUCUUCCUGGGUGGCCGGGAGCAGCCUGCCCUGGCCAUUGAGCGUGUGGUGCUGCACCCCGACUACCCGAAGGCUGUGGAUCUGGCCCUGCUGAAGCUCAAGGAAAAGGUGCUCCUUGGAGAGGAGAUAAUGCCCAUCUGCCUGCCCCAGAAGGACUAUGUGCAGCCGGGGCGGGGGCGGAACGCGACCUCCUGGGUGCAGCCCAUCCUCAGCAAUGACACCUUCUGCGUGGGCAUGAGCGAGCUGCGGGAGGACACGUGCUAUGGGGAUGCUGGCGGCGCCUUUGCUGUGCAGGACCCCGACGACGACACGUGGUAUGCGGCCGGUAUCCUCAGCUAUGACAAGACCUGCACGGCCUCCAAGUACAGUGUAUACGUGGAUGUGCAGCACGUCCUGGCCUGGAUCAAGGACACA